AUGUUGGCUCUUCUAACUCCUGCUGAGAAGAGGCUGAGUCGAUCCUCCUAUAUCUUUAGUGGCUCCACCCUGGAAUGGCAGACCUGGCGUGGCUCUCUCCCCUCCGGUGCUGUUUAUAUUUACAACGACUAUGCGAGUCGCUAUGAAUAUGUCUGUAAAUAUGGGUGUGAGGCUGGCUUCUACAAUCCUGGCAUGGGUAGCUAUUGCCGCUACCCCUAUGCAAGGCUAGAAUAUCUCACGUCCUCAUUUGAGAUCCUGGUGAACAGAGAGAACUUUGAGAUCCUGGAGUGGAGGGAUGAUUCCUAUGGUUCAGUGCCCCAUAAUUCAGCCAGAACUUGCUAUUCUACAACUCAGACCAAAUAUGUAGGAAAGAAUGUGUAUGGUCUGGGGAAGGUACAUGCUGAGCAUAGCUGCUUCUACCUGCCUUGGGAGGGUAAAGAGUAUUGGUACGAGCACUACCAGGUCCUGACCAUCAACAAAAAUAUACACAGUGAGCACAUGUCAAAUGUCAAAUACAACACCAAUGUUGAAACCGUUGCACUUCCUCCAGAGGUCAUGACCAAGUCCACCAUAACAAACAAUGCUUGCAGCCCAGUUGUGAAAACAGUUGUGCUCUCAGGAACAUAUCAGGAAGAGAAAAGGUGGGACACCAGCAUUGCCACCACAAUCGGUGUCAGCAGUACCAUCACCGCCCAAAUCCCAUUCAUCAGCGCAAGUAUUGGGUUCAGUGCUGAGACAACAGAGGAAUUCUCCAGUGGAACCACUGUGGUGGAGUCGAAAACCCGCUCUGUCUCUGUGGAGCUAACUGUCCCUCCAAACCACUCCUGCAGUGUCAGUAUGCUGGGACUUAAGCACAAAGCAGACAUCCCAUUCUCAGCUCGACUUACCCGCACCUACAGGGACGGGAGAACCAAAUUGGCGGACGUCACUGGGGUGUUCUAUGGUGUCAACGUUGGAGAAGUCCGGUCUGUUGUGGAUCGCUGUGAACCUGUACCCAAUGCUCAGCCCUGCAGCCCCAAAAGAGAAAUGGAGGAGACAUCUUAA